CGUAUGCCUGUACGGUGCUGGUGCUGGUGCCUGCACCGGCGUCUCGACUGCACAGCUCUGACUCGUACGCUGGAUUGCACUCGAACCACACCAAAGCCCGCCAAGUACUUACUUCGGUAGCAUCGCUGCCCGCACCCUCCUCGAACCCGGCCUUCUCUUCUCUUCUCUUCUCUUCUCUUCUGCUCGGCAGUCCUCGGUGGACACUGCGCUGAAAAUCAGAGCCAUCGCUCUAGCUCGCGUGAUUGGACUUCAAUUUUAUAAUCAUCCGAAUUCCCCCCCUCCCAUGACAUCCAAGCCCACUAACCCAUCGAAGAGAAAUCAUCAGACGUGAUGUGAUGUGGUGUUCGUGAUCUGCAGUCCUAGAAGGCGAGCACUCCACAAAAACAGGGCAGGGAAACCCUCGGACAUUAUAAUACUCGAGUACAGUAUUCGCCAUGGAAGGUCAUGUGAAGCACGUACUGAAAUGAACUGACUGACUGACUCCCUACUGAGCCAUCCCAUCAUCUAUGCCAUCGCACUGCGUUGGUCAACUUCUUCGAGCAUCACAAGCGCCGCUCUGGCAAUAAUGACUGACUGACCUGACAAAGCUUUCAAGCUGGGGUCAAUAUUCCUGCUCGAAGGCGUUUCACAAGUAGGAAGCCAUACCUGUACAGUAGUAGUUGCCAUCAGUCUGCUGAUUUUCUUCCCUUCGAAAUUCUCCAGUUCACGCUUGCUAAGUGUACAAGAAUUUGGCUCCGAAUUUCUGUUGGUUUCUACGGGUCGAUCUCGGCAAUAAUGUGGCUCAGAGGUAUUGAGCUUUGAGCUCGACUGAUUGUUCACCCACCAAAUGCCACAGCUACAAGCAGAGAAAGCUAGACCUUUGAGGACAUGCGUUGCCUUCUUCAGCAGCAGCAGCAGCAGCAAUCGAAGCUCUGUGUGUUGAUAUGCCCCGUUCAACAUCACGAUGAGCUUCGUAGAUCACGGACUAAAAUUUUACAAAGUAUCGCAGCUCUGUCGGUACCUUGUCAUGGUACACAUCAUGCUCAGAUACUGCGACUCCGUCGAGCAUCGUUGUGAAUUCACUUUCCGCCUUUAUUGCUCUGGGUGCCGCUCACCUGUUCCCUUGCUCGCCCGGGGAUGUAUUUAAAGAUGGAAUUAGUAGAAUUCCGCAUGAGAAUUCAUUGGAGGAGGCAUGUCCGAGGUCGUACCGAAUUACUCUUCUUCCGAUUUAAUGACUCGCUCCGGCAUGGCUAGCUGUAGGCGAAACGGUAUCUUACAGAGCCAGCAUAUAAGCUAGCAUGUUAGAAUGGAAUGGCUCUUUGCCGAGCUGGUUGAGGUGGGGUUUUCGUCAAUCGAGGUGCAGAUUGUGGAAUUCUUGCGCUCGGGCAGCCAGACACGUCUUUCGCAGCCGGUUCCGAUUGGAGGCACGGAGAAAAGGUAAUUGCGUGCAUGACAAAGAGCUGAAUGUCAAUGAGUGAAUCAACGGCAGUCACCUUUGAAGCACCCGUGAUUUCACCCAUGGUAUGUCGAGAUUACAUCGACUGCCCGCACUGCAAGAGGAAGAUCCACUGCUCAGCAUGUGCGAAGCUCGAGGAUCAGUGCAAGACUCCGAAAACGCGCCUGCAGUCAGCGGGUUACGGCCUACUCAAGUGCAGAAAGUGUGCUUCUCGAGAGUGCAACGAGCUCGAAGGGCUGCGCUUCAACGUGGAGCAGAAGACCAAAAGGAUUCGCGAGCUGGAAAGCGAGCUGCGCGAAGCGAAAGAGAACCAUUCCAAGGUCGUGAACGACGUGACCAAGGCCAGCGAGAAGGCCAUCAAGAAGGAGCAAAGGACACAUCGAAUUGCCGUGAAGAGAACUGAGAAAAAGCUGUUGAGCAGGCUGAAUUUCCUCCAGCUGCAAGUUCCCAAGUCAUUCCAAGCGUACGAGCCCGAGGCUGUAGCUCUUGCUUUCCAUGGAAACCCCUGGAUAUGGGCUCAUCGUCACAUACUGGUUGCCAAGUCGUCUCUGUUCCACACAAUGCUACAAACGGUGAAGGUGGAGAAUGGGUACAAGUAUCUAGCCAUUCGAGACACGACUCUGACCAUCAUGCAGACCAUGGUGAACUUCUGCUACACGGGGCUUAUAGAAUUCUCCGACGAAAUUACUCCAGAGGCGAUGCUGCAGGUUUCUCAUAAAUAUGGCAUUCCGUAUUUGAAGGGCCUGUGUGAUGAUGAGCUUUGUAAACGACUCGCUCCUGAGAACAUAGGAAAAAUGAUCAAACUAGCCAAAGCUUACGAUGCCCCGAGGCUUAAAUCUCAGACAAUGGACUACUUGAAAGACAACUUCGAAAUGAUGCGCGAUACUGUAUUUGAAAGUGUUUGACAAACGUUGAUCAAACUAGAAUCAGCAUCUACUUCAGUCCUGUUUUAGGACUUGAGGCCUAGAUUGUUCACACGGAGAUGAGUGCGAGUGGUUAUCUCAACUUGUAUGGGAAGAGGGCUGGCAUACACCAACCUGAAUGUCGAGGCUGUCUUCUGGCAUGUGAACGAACCUCCAAUGACUUCCGAGACUUUUCCAUCCAUUUAGAUUCGAUAUUCGAGCUGACAUGGUAAGAAGCGAGCACCCAUUUUCCAAUGUCUGCUUCUGAAAAGUUGAUGAAACAGGACGAGAAGAGGGACACCAAAUUUCUGUAUGAAACCGACGAACAUCCCUGCAAUGUCUUCAUCCGGAAUGUUGAGGCGGAUUUGUACCAAGUAUAGCCUAACGAUGCUUCUAAAUAACUAUUUCUCACGUUUAUGAAGUCUGCAGUACCGAAGUACGUGUUGACUGUAUGAUGUGGUUGCUUCUGAGCACUUUGGAAUAUGCUUCAGAGGGUAUCGAUUGGACGGCUUGAACGAGGUGUGAUGCGGUCUUGUAACUAAGUUCAUGGUUCAAACAUCUUACAUAAUCUCAAACGUUUGUUUC